CCGCACUCGACCAGACUUAAGCUUGACCUGCUCAAUCUAAGUGACGACUAUGUCAAUGACAACUAUGACGGAUCCCGUCCAUCUAAUCCACACAACAAUUGAAACAGUCAACAAGCUCCCUGCUUUCCGGAAAAUAUCUCAUUUAAAGCUGGAACAAUUCGCCCUCAGCAUCGCGUUCGUCGCUCUUGGAAUCAGAUCAGGUUAUAUGUUUGAUGCGUUCUCAACUGGGAAACACAACACCGUUGAUGUCCUUUCGGACGUGAUUAUCGCUCUGCGAAUCAAGAUGCCAGAAUACCGGCAUGUUGUCGUACUCGUAGGGUUGGCUUUGGACGAUUAUUUCAUCGUGAAUGCGCCUCUUCUCCUUGACAGGCUCCAUAACGAGUUUCUCGAAGACCAGGGUGCCCCUGAAGUCUGGACAGAAUUCGUCAAGUUAAGCGACCCUCCGCAACUGACUCCAGUACCCAAGUCUCUAACCCAAGGCAUCCUCGACCCCUUGUCGCUCACGCUCAAUUUGCAAAACGAACGUAAAAAUAACCUUAGUACUGUGGAUUUGCCCGCAAUAUUGAACAUUCCUGUAUUAAACAACCUCGAAGUAACCGACCUCGUCCCUCUCGCGGCCGUGAUCCUCGAAUACCCCAUUGCUUAUAUCCCAGAGAUCCCGAACCAGACAUCCUUUUUGGCAAAUACCCAGCUGGACGUAUAUGAAUACUGUCUGACCCUCCAUGGAAUCCGGGAAAGCCCUCGAGAGCAUGUACUUUUAAAAUUCUCCUGUCCGUCGAGUCUCAAUGAAGGACAACUUGAACAACGUCCUAACCGGAUCGAGGACAAAUUACGGAUGCGGUUCUCGCAACGAAUCAAUUCUUGUAACCUACUAGCUGAAGGAAUAGUCAAGAAACACCAAGCGACGUUUGACCGAGUUGCCCUGUGACGGACAGCGCUGACAGGUAUGGUCAACACAAAGCAAAGCAAACGAAGGGCACAUGUAUAUAUACAAACAAUGCUGGGUACAUGAGGGCUUAUCCAGCUUAUUAGUCUUCACAUUCUCGAUAUUAUGAACGACUUCCAAGCCGGACAAUACACGACCGAAAAUCGUAUGUUUCUUGUCAAGCCAAGGUGUUGCCGUCGUCGUGAUGAAGAACUGCGAUCCAUUGGUAUUCGGUCCGGCAUUGGCCAUACUGACGGUAUAGGGUCUAUUAUACCAAAAACAAAGUCAAGUCAGAAACACUUGCAUAAUUACUGCGAAAGGAGGGGGAAACAAGACCGUACCGAUCGUGUUUCAAAUCAUCCGAGAACUCAUCUUCGAAUUCAUGCCCCCAAAUUGACGUCCCGCCCGUUCCAUCUCCAAGUGGGUCACCAGUCUGGAUCAUGAACUUUGGAAUCACACGAUGGAAGAUAACGUUUUCGUAAUAUCCACUUCUUGCAUGACCAACAAAGUUUUCGACUGCUUUCGGUGCUUGUUGAGGGAAAAGACGAAGAUGCAUGUCUCCGACGGUAGUGUGGAUAGUGGCUGCGUUGGCAAGGGGUGGGGGACCGGUCUUGAGAGCGUGCGUGGAGGUGGCGAUAGUUUGUUCUUCCCGUGUGGGACGUUCGUUAAAGAUAUCACGAUCGCCCGAUUUGUCCCUAAACAAUGGGAAAAGGCACAUAAGCAUCGAGAUAGUGGGAACGCAAGGAAUGUAUCAAAACGUACUCGGGCACUAUACGUGUGAACAUGUAGAACCGUUGCCUUUUGUAUCCUGUACAGAAGAGAGUGGGAUCUCGUACGCCUUUCUCUGCC